CUCUCUCCCUCUCUCUCUGCUUCUCUCUCCCUCCCUCCCGCUCUCUCUCUGCUCCCUCCUCCCCUCUUGUCCCUCUUUCCCUCCCUCUCUUCCCUCUCUAUCUGCUUUUCUCUCCCUCCCUCUAUCUCUCUGCUCCCUCCUCUCCCUCCUGCUCCCUCCCUUUCUUUCUCUGCUCCAUCCUCUCCCUCUUUCUCUCCCUCCCUCUCUCUCUCUACCCCCUCCUCUCUCCCACUACCCUCUCCCUCCUCCCCACUCCUCUCCCUCUUUCUCUCUCUCUCUCUCUCUCCCUCCCUCCUACCAGCUCAUUCUUUCCUAAGGGACUCUGGGCUCACAUGCACCAUUCAAAACCGCUGCUGUGGACGGAGCUGCUCUUCUCAGACUCUCACAGCGACAGGAGCAGAGGACAAACAAGCCUCUUCACAUCCCACACCAGACCAAAGACACAGGUGCUAUGGCGACUCCCAAGAACUCUCCCAAAGGGGCCAAUGCGGUCCUGUCCCCGAAUCGUAUCACCCGUCUGCAGGAGAAGGAGGACCUGUGCAACCUCAAUGACCGUCUGGCUGUUUACAUCGACAAAGUCCGCUCCCUUGAGUCUGAAAACGCCGGAUUGAGACUCAGGAUCACGGAGUCAGAGACAGAGGUGAGUCGUGAGUUGAGCGGACUUAAAGCGGCCUAUGAGAACGAGCUGGCGGAUGCUCGGCAGACUCUGGACUCUGUGGCAAAGGAGAGAGCUCGACUUCAACUGGAGCUCGCCAAACUCAAGGAGGAGCACAAGGAACUCAAGGCCAGGAACACCAAAAAGGAGGCUGAUUUAGCUUCAGCUCAGCAAAGACUGAAAGAUCUGGAGGCUUUACUAAACUCCAAAGACGCUUCUCUGGCCACAGCGCUGGGAGAGAAACGCACUCUGGAGGUGGAGAACAGGGACCUCAAAGCACAAGUGGCAAAGCUUGACACCAGUUUGGAGGAGGCACGAAAGCAGCUACAGGACGAGAUGCUGAGGAGAGUGGACGGAGAGAAUCGGAUCCAGACGCUAAAAGAGGAGCUUGAGUUUCAGAAAAAUAUUCACACCGAGGAGUUGCGUGAGACAAAGCGUCGUCACGAGUCCCGGAUGGUGGAGCUGGACUCUGGACACCAGCAGGAGUUUGAGAGUAAACUGUCCGAUGCUUUGGCUGACAUGCGCGCCCAACAUGACCUGCAAAUCAAAAUGUACAAGGAGGAGAUCGAGAAGACCUACAACGCCAAGCUGGAAAACGCUCGUCAGUCGGCCGACAGGAGCAGUCACCUCGUUGGAGCAACUCAUGAAGAGCUGCAACAAACUCGGGUCAGACUGGAGAGCACCUCAGCCCAGCUCAGCCAGCUCCAGAAACAGCUGGCAGCUCGUGAGGCGAAGAUCCGUGACCUGGAGGAUGCUUUGUCCAGGGAGAGGGACAGCACGAGGCGUCUGCUGGGAGAGAAGGACCGAGAGAUGGCUGAGAUGAGAGCGAGGAUGCAGCAACAACUGGACGAGUAUCAGGAGCUUCUGGACGUCAAACUGGCCCUGGACAUGGAGAUCUCCGCCUACAGGAAGCUGCUGGAGGGAGAGGAGGAGAGGCUGCGUCUCUCCCCCAGCCCCCCUCCCACUGUCACCAGGGUCUCAGGCAGUCGUACAUCUGUGUCCUCGGCUCACUCCCGCGCUGGGCAGAGCACACCCGCCAAACGCCGCAGACACAACGACACAGACAGCGAGGCCAGCUUCAGUGGGGGCGUGUCCCGCACCAGGAUUACCCAGCAGGCCUCAGCCAGUGGCCGGGUCACUGUGGACGAGGUGGAUAUGGAGGGAAAGUACGUGAGACUGAGCAACAAGGCUGAUGAGGAUCAGAACCUUGGAAACUGGCAGCUUAAGCGUCAGGUUGGAAACGGAGCCACCAUCACCUUUAAGUUUCCUGCAAAGUUCACCCUGAAGGCCGGACAGAGAGUCACCAUUUGGGCGUCUGGAGCAGGUGUGGCCCAUAACCCGCCCUCUGACCUGGUGUGGAAGAACCAGCCCAUUUGGGGAACUGGAGACAUGUUCCAGACGACCCUGAUCAGCGCUAACGGAGAGGAAAUGGCAAUGAGGAAAGUGACUCGCACAACCAUCGAGGAAGAUGACGAUGACAUGCAGGUGGCGCACAGUACCUGCAGUGACGGCGAGUAUAACCUCCGCAGCCGGACGGUGGUGUGUGGAUCUUGUGGUCUUCCCUCAGAGAAAUCAGGCUCCUGCUCCGUCUCUUCGGCCUCUCGCUCCUUCAGGUCUGGAGGCAUCUCAGAGGGUCUGCUGCCCCAGUCUUAUGUGGUCAGCACCAGCACCCCGCGCAAGACUGGAGGUAAACUGGAAACCUGUCCAAUCAUGUGAGAGCAGAGCGUUACAAGCUCGCAGGAUCUUUUAUUUCUAUUUUUUAUUUUUUUUAUAUGUUUGCAUUUAUCAUUUGUUUAGUUUCAAGUUGUAGUUUUUACUAUUACUUUUUAAACUUUUACUUUUGGAAUAUAUUUCUACAAAUACAUUGCUUUGAUGGUUAUCUUAGAUUAGUUAUGCCUUACUUUUAUGCGCCAUUGUUGACAUUGGUGACAUUUAUGCAAUUUUAUUAAUCAGUACAAGCUUUAAACCACUAUUUAGCCUUAAAAUAAAGUGAAAUAAAAUGAUUUUGAAAGACGUGUUGUUGUUUUUUUUUUUUACUCUUUUGUACUUUUUGAAGCUGAAGUUCUGUAUUAGACUGACUCCAGGUGAUGGUCAAAUUUGUUGAAGUGAAUGUACCAUCACCAUUUGUUUACUGUACUGUGUGUUUUUAUAUAUCAAUAAAGCUUUGUCAUGUA